CCCAGAAGGGCAAAGGCUUCUAUCAGCCACUUUGGCCUUGCCUGGAAGGGUUAAAAUCAUCUGGGGCAGUUCUGCCUGACACGGCGCUCAACCAGACGAUCAUUUUGGGGACCGGCUCCGUUCAUCAGACUGGCUGCCCUGGGGAUUUUCCUUUGCGGAAGGCAAAAGGAUUCGCCUAACAAGCCAAUGAGGAAGGACCUGCAGGGUGAUCGCAACACCUACCAGCCUUUUUAAAUCCGUCUGUCUGGGCUGCCUUGCUGCUUUGGAGUCUGGCAAUGCUAACAGCUGUCUGUGGCUCUCUUGGCAAUCAGCACUCGGACACACCUUGUGCCUCCCCCACCCACCUGGACCUGCAGCCACUGCAGACUUACCAGCCUCACGCCAGCUCCGAGGCAGAAGGCGACUUUUCCUCUCUCCAGCCCCCAGAGCUCCCACACCUGCCCUUGGUGGUCCCUGACGUAGAGUUCUCAGCCACCCCUAGCUAUGACCUGCAUGGCUCUUCGCAGAUAGACUUGGACAGUGACAACCCGCUGGCUCCCAGCUCUUACUCCAAGCUCCUGCAGACACCUCCUGAAAUGGCUCACCACUACGAGCCCUGGUUCAGGCCCUCACACCCCAGCAAUGCUGCUGAGGACAGCAGUGUGAACCCCUGGUGGGACCUUCAUGCUGGAUCCAGCUGGAUGGACCUUCAACAUGGUCAAGGUGGCCUCCAAGCGCCAGGCCACACGGGGGGACUCCAGCCAGCACUGGGGGGCUAUGGCUCCACCGAGCACCAGCUCUGCGGCCCGCCUCACCACCUUUUGCCCUCUGCCCAGCACCUGAUGGGCCAGGAAGGGGUCAAACAGCUUGAAUCUCCGCAGGAUCCCCAUGUUCUCGAGCAGGCCAUGGACAGCACUGCUAGGCCGAAGAGCUCAAGACGAUCCAUGCCACGGAGCUCUGGUCAGGCUGUGUGCCGCUGCCCAAACUGCCAGGAAGCUGAGAGGGUAGGACCGUGCCCAGACAGUGCCAAGAAGAAGCACCUUCACAACUGCCACAUUCCUGGAUGUGGCAAGGCUUAUGCCAAGACGUCCCACCUGAAGGCCCACCUGAGGUGGCACAGUGGGGACCGCCCCUUUGUCUGCAACUGGCUCUUCUGCGGCAAGCGCUUCACCCGGUCUGAUGAGCUCCAGAGACACCUCCAGACCCACACAGGCACCAAGAAGUUCACCUGCCCCGUGUGCAGCCGGGUCUUCAUGAGGAGCGACCACCUCAGCAAACAUAUGAAGACACAUGAAGGCACCAAGGAGGGGGCAGAAGGAGAGGGGAAGGGUGGGGCAGACCUUCCAGGGAAAGGGAAGCGAGAGCCCGAUGCCGGAGGCUCCAGCACCCUCACCCAGCCCAACUGAGCCCCUGCCCUCACCAAGACGUCCCUGCCCUGCUCUGGUGCCAUGUAAGGGGUGCUCCCUACCUGCUACCUUACCUUCCAGCUGGUUGUACAUGGGACUGGUUGUACAUGGCUGUCCCCUCCGAGAAAGUGGCUAUUUAUUCUAUUGGGGAAAAA